AUGGCCUUCGAUUCCAAACUCCGUAAGUAUUUGACAGUUUAUGUACAUUAUAAUGGUUUAUUUGCACCAAAAUCAUUAGUGUACUUGAACUUUGUUGUUGUUUCAAUCGCUGAUGUUGAUUUUGGUGGAAUGGAUCUUAAAGAUUUUAAGUUGUUCAUUGAAAAGUUGAUUGAAGGCAGUUGCGAUAAUGUAUAUUAUUGCACUAGAAAUGAACCAUUGGCAGAGGACCACGAAAAUGAACCUGUACUUGAUUGGGCUGAUAUGGAAGUAGUAGAAGAUGAUGAAGGGCAUUAUUCUGAGCCAGACGUGGAUGAUGAUAAAGAGUCACAACUUUCUGAUGAUAUUCCAUAUGAGCAUGAAGCAGAUGGUUACAUUCCUUCUCUUGACAAAACUGUUGGUGAUGAAUUCUUAGACCGGGUGUCAGGUAUUUCUAAGGAUAAAAAUGAUGAGCUUGAAACUGAUGAGGUUGAAACCAACAAUGGGGAUGACAAACCAGUGUACCCUAUCCAUAAUGAGAACCAGAAAUGGGACAAAAUGGUGCCAAUUCUAGGUAUGAGAUUCUCUAACCCUAUGGAAUUGAAAAAUUGUUUGACUAACUAUGCAGUGAAGAAUGGGUACAAUCUUUAUUAUGAGAAAAAUGAUAGUCACAGCUUAUUAGUGAGAUGUUGUAAAGAUAGCAAGAACCCAUCUUGUCCUUUUAGACUGUGGGCUUCCUGGAUGAGUAGUGAAAGGUCUUUCCAGAUUAAGUCCUUAGUUGAUGACCAUAAUUGUUCAAGAGUCUUCAAAUUUGGUUCCAUUGUAACAUAUAAAUGGAUUGGAAAACAUUUUAAGAAUCAACUUUUGAAGAACCCCAAAAUAAGCAUAAGGAAAAUGAAAGCCAAAGUGAGUACAAAGUUUAACUUGAUUGUUAGUGUGACUCAAUGUAGAAAUGCUAGGAGAUAUGCUUUGGAUGAGAUAGAGGGCAACUUGAUAGAACAUUAUGGUAAAGUAUGGAGUUAUGGUGAAGAAAUAAUGAGGACAAAUCCUGGUUCAACAGUAAAGAUAGAUGUGGAUGUCAUGCCUGAUUCCACCACUUACUUUUCUAAAAUAGGCCAACUGUUAGCAGCUAUGGGUAGGGAUGCAAACAACCACAUCUUCCCUAUUGCAUGGGCUGUGGUGGCAGUAGAAAAUAAGGAAACAUGGAAGUGGUUUCUUGACCUCCUACUAGAUGAUAUUGAAAUGGGAAUUGGUCAUGGAUUGACCCUCAUAUCAGACCAACACAAGGGAUUGGUAGAGGCUAUCAAAGAAAGAGUUCCAGCAGCAAAGCAUAGACAAUGUGCUAGGCACAUCUAUGCUAACUUCAAGAAAAUAUUCAAAGGUGAACAAUAUAGGACGUUGUUUUGGGCAGCUGCUGCAAGUAAUACUCAACCUAAAUUUGAGACAGAAAUGAAUUACAUAAAAACAAUUGACCCUUUAGCUUAUGAACACCUCAUGGAAAGGGACCCUAAAAGUUGGUGCAGGGUAUUCUUUGAAGUGGACAGGGCUCGUGAUGCUUAUGAGAAUGGCAUAUCAGAAAGUUUCAACUCUGUUAUUGAUCUUGCUAGGAAGAGACCACUCCUCACCAUGUUGGAAGAGAUUCAGAUUUAUGCAAUGGAGAGGAUGUAUAGAAUGCUGCUAGAGGGACAAAGUUGGGGUAAUUUAAAAAUAUGCCCAUCUAUAAGAUUAAAGAUAUCAAAGUUAAAGAAACAGCAAAGAUUUUGGGGAGUUAUACCUUCUGGGUACAAAAAUAUGAGGUUAGGAUUGGAAAUGAUGGAUAUGCUGUGGACCUUAACAACAACACAUGUGGAUGUAGAUCUUGGCAAGUAUCAGAUAUCCCAUGUGUGCAUGCAGUGGCAACCAUUUCAUACCUCAACAGGAAUGCAGAGGAUUAUGUUGCACCAUGGUUCCAUAUAA